AUGUAUAUAGCGGAUUUUGUAAACAGCCAAAUUCUUCGAUGGCCACCAAAUUCGAAUUCUGGUGAAUGUAUUGUGGCUUGUACUGGUAUUAGCGGAGUUGGAAUUGAUAUGUUGUAUGGGCCGUUUGCAUUAGCAUUUGAUAGCUAUGGAUCUCUUUUUAUUAGCGAUGGAAAUAUUAAUCGAGUACAAAAAUUUCAGAUAGUUAGUGGUUUUGAUGAAACUUCAACAACAGCAAUAACAAUAACAGAUCACACAACAUCAUUGCAAGCUUCGUCAAAGUCAAAUAGGACACAUUCAUCAACAAUUGCAAUAUCAAUUGCUGUAUUGCUUUUGUUUCUUAAUGAUUAA